AUGGAUAAUGUUGGUGAUUUUUUCUUUGAUCUAUCAGAUCCUGAUAACAAACACACAAUGAUGCAAUUUGCAAUACUCUAUUUCCGGCGACCCAAAAAUGUCCCAACUGGCAUCAUCAAUAGUAUAAAUUUCAAUUCCGACAGUACACAGCGAAAAAGAAAGAAGUGGACAUGGAAAGAAAUUGCUGAAAAAGUGAAACAUACAAAUAAGCCAAUUAAUCAUUCACUACUACGAUUAGAUAGUAACGAAGCGGAUAAAUUAGCACAAGAAGCAUUUUUAUGCAUUAUGCGUUAUAUGGGUGAUGAAAAUUUGAAACGUGGCCAAACUUUAACUGAUUGUAUUUAUGAGCUUUUAAUGAUAUGUCAUCAAUAUCAUCCACUUCGAGAUGAAGUAUAUUGUCAAAUUAUUCGUCAAACAACAAAUAAUAAAACUUCCAAAGCAAAUACUUCGAUUCGCGGUUGGCGUCUAUUUUCAAUUUUAACAGCUUAUUUUGAUUGUUCACAAGUGUUGAAGCCAUAUUUGUUUAAAUAUCUCAUCGAUAUGGCAAAUGAUCCACGAAGAGCUUAUCACGGUACCGCACUAAUUUGUUUACAAAAUUUGGUUAAAACAUUCAAAUAUGGCGGUCGUCAAUUUUUGCUCAGUGGAAAUGAAAUUGAAGCAAUAACGAUGGGUAAAACUCUAAAGCGACAAUUAUACCAUUUACCGGGCGGACAUCGAAAGGUAAUUAAUACCCGUUCUGUAACAGUUGUCGAAGAGAUUAUUCAACAGCUUUGUCAAGAGCUUAAUAUACGAAGUGCCGCAGAACAACAAGAAUUUUGUUUAUGCUAUAUUCUGGAAUCAGAAAAUAAAAUUAAAAUGUUAGCUAACGAUGAAUAUGUGAUGGAUGUAUGCACUGAACUUGAACAUAAUCAAAAACAAUAUUUCUUAUUACUUAAACGAACAGUAUGGAUACAUCCAUUACGGUUGGAUAAUGCUCGCUAUAUCGAUGCAAUGUUCUUUCAGAUUGUGCCAGAUUAUGUCGAAGGUUUAAUUAUUGCACCAAAGAAUGGAAAAAUUAGCGCCGAUGUUUUGGAUGAUAUUGCUCGCUUGGGUGCAUAUUUAUAUUUAGCGGAUAUGGAACGACCUGCACGUGUUACAUCAAAAAAUGUUACUGAAUUAAUUCCAAAAACGGUCUAUCCAAUUCGAACGGUUGAUCAAUGGGUUGAACGAAUCAAUGCAAAAUUACAAACAAUGCAACAGCAUAAUAUAAAUCAAAUUGAUGCACGAGCAUAUUUUUUAGAAACACUUGAAAAAUGGCCAUAUUUUGGGACAACAUUUUUCUUCGUGCAUAAUGUUAUUGAUGAAAAUGAACAAACAGGCGAAUGUUUACUUGCUAUUAAUAAACAUGGCAUUAAAGUGAUUAAUAUUAAAGAUCGUGAAGAAAUAUUAAAAAUUGCAUUAACUGAG